AUGAAGUUCUCUCUGAUGUUGAGCGCAACUGCCCUGGCUCUUGCCAACCAAGCAAGCGCCUUUUAUGGCCAAAUGGCUGCUUCAGCCUACGAGGCAAACGAGGGUGGUACAUUCCAAAUUAUCUAUCUUACCGACUAUAACACCGGGUCGACCUACUCUGGUACUCUUUAUGGAGGGUUCAACUCCUGCACCAGCAGUGAAUGUGCCGUCAUCUUCCACGAGACCAGCGCUGGAACCUAUGGCUUCACCGCUGAGAUGUGGCGUACCAGCGAUGGAUGCCACAACAUUGAUUUCCAAGGUGCCUUCGAUGCUGGACAUGGCUAUUGCUGCGGUUCUCUGCCCUGUGACUUCAGUGCUUAA